AUGUGCGUGUCUAAGCGUGACAGUGCUAGAUCAUUCUUUAUACACCUGUUAUGUGCUUAUGUGACCAAUGGCAAAGGGCGCUUUGCAGUACACAUUAGAUCGGUCACCAAUUCGAUUUCAUCCCAGGUUGACCAACCUUUCCGUUCACAGAGAGUUGGAGAACUGGUGGCAGACCUGUUAACUUCUUUUUUCUUUUACAAAUAUUAUGCAACUGAAAAUUUGCUUAAACUGCUUUUGGAUGGAAUUCAGGUAAUUGCGAAAGGUACGUCAGAGUCUCGCGUAGCAGCCGCCAAUCUGCUCCUUCACUACUGGCCUUUUCCCAAUCCACGUAUUAUUCAUAGGAAAAUUAUUCAGUACAAAGUACACGCAUGGCAACGAAUCACCUGCCAGUCGACUACCUGCACCGAGAAGGGACCAAGUGUGAAGUCGUGUUUCGAUCCAGUCAUCUGUGCUGAUAUCGCUGACACUUCACCUCCAGUGUUUCUGUGUAGGAAAUGUGCCGAUAAUGUAGUGGCGGAACGAAAAGCACCAAUGCGGCACCUAACCCAACCGAUGCAAGCCAGUAGUGCAACCUGUCAAAAUAAGGACUGCCAAUCUCAAUCACGUCUGGCUGUCAGCAUCUGCUUCUCACAUGAUUGCACGAGAACGCACAAUUUUGUACCAAUUCGACUUUGCCAGUGUGAAACUCCACAUUUGGUUCAUCGCGGGUCCGGUUGCGUUUGGGGUCAACCGGUAAUGUGGGAUACGGUAGAAGGAAUAGUGAAACUUAUGCGUGAAACCGCUCAAUUCGAAGGAACAGAAGGUGAAGGAAAACGACCGAAAUGGUUGCGACAACUCGAAGGUGGCCAUUCAUUGGGCAAAGAGAUCGACACGAUGGCCGACGAGAGACGCAUGUUGAGCCGAUUCGGCGUAUGGAUGAUGGCUGCCCUCUGUCCACCUAAUCAGAAUGCUGACCAGAAAUCUAUCUCCUAUAUAAUGUAUAACGUGUUUCAAUGGUUUGCCACCACUGCCUUGCUUCCGAAUGAUAGCAUGGGUGCCAGCUUGGAACAGUUAAAGACAGAUUUCGUAUGCGAUUGGAUCAACAUGGCGAUAAGGAUUCACUAUGAGGUGUUUAUUAGUGCCCUGUCACCGAAUACUGAAGAUGGCGGACAACAUUUCGAACAGACAAAAGAAGGAUUAGGACGUCUGCUGGCUUUAAUGCCUUACGACGUGAUUUCGAUAGAGACGUGGAGUCGUGUGAUGCCAAAAUGGCUUCAGUUGAUCAACGAGAAAUGCACUGAAGAACAACAACAUGAGCUGAAGAUUUUGCUCUGCAAGAUAUUCGAGCCCGAUUUGUGUCCACUUCCGUUUGAAACGUUGCAGGUAUUCGACUUCGUAAGUUGUCGACUUGGUGGGAGUGACUACGUGGAACUCUUUAAUGCACUACAGUGGCUUCAUUUGUUAUCCCGUUUGGAGAUUUCAAUUCCACUGAACAUGCUGCUCGAGAACUUCAGCAUCGCUCUAAGCGGCCUGUCAUCGAUGGAAAUUCCCCAACUGGAGCAGAAUGAUCUGGAAGAUGACGACGUCUCCGUCCAUAUAGUUAUCAUCGACAUUCUUGUUCUUCAGGUUCUGAACAAUUUCCAGUCACCACUGACAGAGAAGCUCUUCGAAUGUGUUUCCCUUCUUCUCAGUGUACCACUUCGUACCACCGACCACGAUUGCAAAAACCCUGAAUUGGAUGGCUUCGCCGAUUGUUCCGCCUGCCAGCAAGCGGCAUUUCUCCAUCAAAUGGUUAUGAAUAUGACGGAGAAUGUUUCUCCGAAACAAGAGAUGGCAAUCACUGCCGCAGAGGUAGGUUCUGAUUCAAAUUCUCCAAAUCAACAGCAACAGCAACAGCAGCAGCAGAAAAAUCCGCCCGACGACUUCGUAACGACUUCUGUAGGUCGAUUCCGUUUCUCUAUCGACCAACUUCCGCCACAGUUGAAGAUGAUUCAUGCACUUCUCAAGAAUUUGGAAUGCACAGAAGAUCCGGAUGUGGAAAACUUCAUCAUGAACACGUUGAAAUUUCUUUGCCUCCAUUGUGGUUCGCUGACUAAUGCACGGAGGGAGCAUCGAGGGUUUCUGAUUUGGAUUCAGGAGAGCAUGAUGGUACCGAAGCUGUGGGCAAGACUUCGAUCGGAUUUCGCCCAGGUAGGUGAACUCGCCUCGCUUCUACUGUUGCACUGCAUUUCGUUUCCAUCGGGAGAAGAGGCUUUCUGGCGAGCGGUUCAUAAGGACUUCACUUGUCCUGACUGGAAGACACGGUUUGACGCAGUUGGCAAGGCAUAUGUAAUGGGACAUGUGACGAAGAUGGCACCGGUGAAAGGGAACAAGGUCGUUCAAACGGCAUUGUCGGCUCUGUUCUACCAUUUUGUAACAUCGCUUCACGAUCCGAAUCCUGCAGUUGCCCAACGUGCGAUAAUCGCUCUUCGAGCACUUCCGACUCAAACUCUUAAGAUGAUCUGCUUCUGUUUCGAGUCGCAAUUCGAUUCGUGUAUCAUCGAUCGUCCUAUCAUCGUGAACACGAUACGUCUCCUUACCACUCAGUUGCCGGAUGAAACAAUGCUCACUUUUGAUUUCUUCAUACAGGCUAUUGAAGAAGCGGCGACGACGAGAUCAAUCGUAAAAUAUUUACAAGAAUAUAAUGCUCUAAAGCAUCAGCUCACCUAUCAGCCAUUGAAUCUGUCCAGACCAUACAGUCGUCUACGCGAAUUUGUGGACGAGGAGAGCAAUCUGUGCCUUUUGUUUAAUCGAGUUGUCGACGUGGAAAAUCCGGAGAGGCAUACCGUAUAUCUUGUCGUUUCGCUCUUCGUUUCCUUCCUUAGCAAUAAGAACUCCACUCCGACUGAUGAAAAGGCGAAUGCGAAGAAACAAUCGUUGCUGUUCCGACAUUUCAAUACUCUUAUUGGUUUUAGUAAUACUGAGAAGUGUUUCACUAUUCCACCGGCUAGAUUACGGAUAUCGGUUGUCUGUAAUGCUUUUCUUUCUGGUUUGCCGGAGAUUCUGGACUGUAAUCUGUGCAUAGGGAACCAACUACUUCCAACUGUGGUACAACUGCUUCUUCAUCUACCAUCUCCGCAAAAGUUAGCUAGCGAUCAGCACCAGAGUAACUAUUCAUUAAAACUGCUUCCACAACAUUCAAGACAUCUUUGGUUGAAUUCGUUUAUUCUUAUUCUCUAUAAGAAGACGAAGAUAUUUAAGUGUAAAGGCGAUAUCGUUACGUGGGACGAUAUCAGUGAAGAAGAGUCCGAUUCGCCGAAGGGUAUGAUAAGACCAGAAAGUCUGACUGUCACUACUAUUCAAGUUAGUGUGUAUUUUUCUUAUAUGUUUCGAAAAAGUGUUCAUUUAAGUGUCGAGUUGCGUUGUGAUUACUGUAACGAAUGUUUGACGUCGUUUGAUGAGGAGACGAUUUCGUUGUGUUUGAUCGCCGUUGAGACAUUUCUUCAUCGUGAGCCGGUAAUGGCAGCACCAAUCCUCUUCUCCCUUCUUCACACUGUGACACACCUCAUUGAUCAUCCAAUCUAUCCAUGGCACGACUCAGAAAUGUUUGUACCGGGAAACGGUCGCAGUGUAGCGAAGCAGAUGCUACGAGUCACACUUCAUCAGCUGUCCUCUUCUGGUAUUUGUAUGCAACUUUUCGAUACACCACUUUCUCGAAUGAACUCUUUUUGGAAGGUUAUUUCACUCUCUCUGGCUGAUUUUCAAGAACUUUCACCCGUCUACUUCAUUCAGCUUCUUUUCGAGGAUCUCUCUGAGAAUUGGCUUCCAAAUCUUUGCACUACCAUGAGAAAUCUGGCUGCUUAUAUAGUUGAAGUACCGUCAGACACCUAUCUGAACCAUUGGAGUACUGCAAUAACUCAUAUGGAGUCUUUUCUCAGACGAUAUCACAUCUCAUCUGAAGGAGGCACCAAACCCACUCGAUCUGAAAUGGAGAGCGCGAUUAUCGUGAUGAGCCACGUGCUAAAAGUGCAGAAUUUCAGCACGUUUAAGUCAGCCGUCUCACUAGUGGAUUCGUUCUGCAAAUGGCUUGCAGAAGCGCUUCACGAAUGCCCUGUUAAGCUGGAAAGUCUUCUUACAGUAUGCACAGCUUGUAAUCGAGCUUUAAUACGGGAACGGGAUAAACAGAGCAUUUCCCGCGCAGUGGUGGCAGAAAUGAUCCAAGCAAUCAAAUUUAAAUGUCCAAUGCACGAACGGAACUUCAUCACGAUCGCUCAUCUGAUUCUUCAAGAUGCCGGCGAAGACAUCGACGUUGACAUUCCGGAUGACCAGUUUAACACAGCCGCUUCGGAAGCCGUUCGGCCUUUCCUAUUCGAGAUUCUCGACUUCAUCGCCGAUUUACAUGUGCUGGCUAAACUUAAGAAAGAAACAAAUUCGGACACUGUCGGCGGUGACUUGAAGGUGAAAUUGGCAGAGGCGAUAGCAGUAGAGAUGAACCGGUCGAAUGCUCGGGAUUGUCGUACCGUAAUCCGGUUUAUUCCGUGGUUAAUGAGCCCACCGAGUGUCACUCAGGCUGCUCCUGGUGCCUUCGCCGACUCGGUGACAAACGUGCGAGUUCUGUCAUGGUUAUUACUGGGCGCACUCCAUGCGAAUCAUGGAUGUCUACCAGUACCUAUUGAAUGCAGCCAGCAAAUGGCCGAUUAUAUCCACUUUGUUCUGGCUGGAUUCGCCGAUCAGUCCAAGCAAUCUGUCGUCCAUAUGUCUGCAUUGUUUCACGCAUUUCACCUUUGUCAGCUAUGGACGGUGUACUGUGAGCGAGCGACGGUGUUCAGUUCAACGACCGCAUUUGACCAACUUCUUGACUUUUGGGCCAGAGUUACGCCAGCAAUUCUACAGCUUCUUAGUCAUUCAAAAGUGUUAGCUGAUAUGGUGAAUCUUCACUUUUUGAACACAAUUCAAGCACUACAACAAAUGAACUCAGCCUUGUUAUGUCAGCUAUAUCCGAUGUGGGCUCCUAUUCUUACUUCAUAUCAUAGCCAAGUUCCAAAUCAGCUAAGAAUAAAACUGGAUUCAUGUGAAAAUCAGCCAUCACUAAAACCACCGCCAAUUUCGGAAUGGUUGAAGAAAGUUCGUUACAAAAUAUCUCAAGUCGAACUGCAAACGUCAGCGGCGUCCCCGUACUACAAUGUGUGA